UUAGAGCGGACCCUUGGCCGAUGGGUCCGCACCCCCCCUUUGGCUGGGGGCGUGCCCGGAAGUGUUUCUACGGAAGCCGGCGGGGCUGCGCGCCGCUCCUCACCAUGGGGACCGCGGCGGCCCCGCGGCGCUUCUGCCGCUGCGCCUGCUUCUGCUCCGAGAACUUGUACGUGGCGCGCUACGGGCUGCACGUGCGCUUCCGGAGCGAGCAGCAGCUGCGCCAGGACUACGGCCCCAUCCUGCGCAGCCGAGGCUGUGUCAGCCCCAAGGACUUCCAGCAGCUGUUGGGAGAGCUUGAGCAGGAGGUGGAGCGGCGGCGGCAGCUGGGGCCAGAGUCAGCUGCCAGGAAAGCCCUCAUUGCGAGCUCCUACCACCCAGCGCGGCCCGACCUCUACAGCUCGCUGCAGGAUGGGGCUCUGGCCCCUAAGUUUCUGGCCGCAGCUGAGUACAGCACAUUGCCAGGCGCAGACCUCGAGGGCCUUCUCCAGCUGCUGGAGACAGUUUCAGAGGAGAAGCGUAUCUACCGGCUGCCAGUGUUCACAGCGUCGUUCUGCCAGGCCCUGCUGGAGGAGCUGGAGCACUUCGAGCAGUCAGACAUGCCCAAGGGAAGACCCAACACCAUGAACAACUACGGGGUGCUGCUACAUGAGUUGGGCCUGGAUGAGCCGCUGGUGACGCCACUGAGGGAGCGCUUCCUGCAGCCGCUGAUGGCUCUGCUGUACCCGGACUGUGGUGGGGGCCGGCUGGACAGCCACCGUGCCUUUGUGGUCAAAUACGCGCCAGGCCAGGACCGCGAGCUGGGCUGCCACUACGAUAAUGCCGAGCUCACCCUCAACGUGGCCCUGGGCAAGGCCUUCACGGGGGGCGCCCUUUACUUCGGGGACCUCUUCCAGGCGCCUUCGGCCCUGGCCAAGCCCCUGGAGGUGGAGCACGUGGUGGGCCAGGGCAUCCUGCACCGGGGGGGCCAGCUGCACGGAGCCCGGCCCCUGGGCACUGGAGAGCGCUGGAACCUGGUCGUCUGGCUCCGGGCCUCUGCUGUGCGCAACCGCCUCUGCCCCAUGUGCUGCCGCAAGCCCGACCUGGUGGAUGACGAGGGCUUCGGCGACGGCUUCACCCGCGAGGAGCCCGCCACGGUGGAUGUGUGCGCCCUGACGUGA